UUACUAAAAGAUAACUGAAACCGCAAAUCUCAAUGAUACGUUGGUGGCAUCUGCGUAAUUCUGUCCAUUUUGAGGGGUAAUUUCAUGUUUUCGAGCAUUUAUAUACAAGCAAGCAGCCUUCCGCCGGAGGGACUUCGGUCCGGCCACCUUCUGCCGCCGGCGCUAUCCUCGCGCUCUCUCUCUCUCCAAACUCCCCCCAAGAAUAUUUCUCUCUUUUCGCGGUCGCAGAUUUUAGGAAAGGCGAAACGGGCGUUUGGUGAAGGGAGCCUAAACUAGGGGACAGUCACAUCAUCGCGAUUCACCAAACCGAGAAACCUUAUUUUUAAGCGGAGGAUUUGAGGACGAGAGGAGAGGGCGAACGCGAAGAAGAAGAGAGAAACAAAGACGGAGAAGAAGAAGACCACGAAGAAGAAGUUGAGGAGGGUAAGAAAAAAUGCUGUGCCGGAAAAGCUCGAGCUUGGUCGACAAAGGCGCGGUUCCGGUUUAUCUCAAUGUCUACGAUCUAACUCCCAUCAAUGGCUACGCUUACUGGCUUGGACUCGGCGUUUACCAUUCCGGUGUUGAAGUUCACGGCGUAGAGUAUGCCUUUGGAGCUCAUGAGUACCCGACAACAGGAAUUUUCGAAGGGGAGCCAAAGCAAUGUGAAGGGUUCACGUUCAGAAAGUCGAUUUUGAUCGGUAAAACGGACAUGGAGCGGCGAGAGGUGAGAUCUGUAAUGGAGGAACUGGCAGAGAGCUAUAAGGGCGAUUCUUACAACCUCAUCACCAAAAACUGCAACCAUUUCUGCGACGAGGCUUGUGUUAGGUUAACCGGGAACUCCAUCCCCAGCUGGGUUAACCGGCUUGCGAGAAUCGGUAAAAUCUCCGGGUUCAUGUGCAACUGUGUGCUUCCGGCCACCAUAAACGCGACAAAGAUAGGGAACAACAGAGUGAACCAAGACAGACCAUCAUCGGAAGCAGCGGAGACAGAGAAGAAGAAGCUAACGAGUGAAUCCAACAGGGAGACUUCCUCUACUACUUCGGUCAACUCUUUGUCUUCGUCGUCUUCAUCUCCUUCGGUUCAAGUCCGAGGCCGAAGCAGGAAAAGGCGUGACCGUUCACUUCGGCCUUCCUCGCCUAUGGUUCUUGGUUCUUCUACCGUUUGAUUUAAUAUGACGCAUUUUAAAUAUAAUGGGAACAAAAAGAGAUGUUUUAUACAGAAUCAAAAUAUGAUUUUUAGCUUUUUCUCUUCCAAUAUAUAUAUUUUUUCUCUGGA